AACUGAUGGCCAGUAAUGACUGAUUCGUAUAAUGAGGAGCAUCCGCUGAUAUGCGAUGAGUGCUCUGACGAAGAGUAUCAUAUACCAGACGUCGGUCCAAAGUUUCAAAGGCGGUUUCGACGCUCAGCCUCCACUGGACGAGCCAGGACACAUGCGUUAGGAGCGACUGCUAUCAUUACUACUUGGCCAGAUAACAUCUCAGCUCUACUAGCAUAUUGGUGGAUCGGCCUCGGCAUGAUUGCUGUCAUGGUGUUUCUGAUUUAUAAUAGCUUUCUUGCUAUUGCAGUGCUUCCGCAUUCCCAUUAUGUUCCAUCGAAAACUCAAAACACAAAACGAACUACAGAAAAUAAUUCAAAUGAAAACUCCAGUAUACCAAAUAUUUACAUGCACGUUUUUGUUGAUAAUUUAAACGAUUUCAACGAACAUAAUUAUAUGCCGUACGUUAAGACGUUUGCGAAAAAAUACACUAAUUUUAAAUAUAAUUUCCUAGUUCUUUUAAAUGAUGCAAAUCACGAUACGCUUAAUGAUUUAAGCGACGAGAAAAAUAAUGAUUUGGCUUUAAAUUUGCUGUGGGAUGACAAAAAAAUAGCAAAUAAGAAGCGGCUAUAUAAAAGUCCUACUGUGAAAUUCAUUUCUCUCACAAUGUACAUGAAUGAUUCUCCGUUGAAAAAAUAUUGGCGGCUUCUGCCUAAUCAGUUCAUUGGUUUCUUAGUUCGGUGUGUAUCUAUUUGGGAUAAAGGAGGCAUAGCGUUCAAUCCUGUGAUAUUAAUCCCUAACUCACAUAAUUCAAUUUAUUUAGAAAAGCUCAAUAAUAUACUAGAGAAGUUUUAUUUAAAUAAUAAAUUGAUGUCUACUAAGAAAAGAAAGACUUCUAAGCUGAAUAAAAAGAAGUAUAAUAAUAUUCGUGAUAUUAUAAACGACUUGGAAAAUGAGGAUAUAAAUGACAGUAUUUUUACAGAAAGUCUCACAGAAGCAGAAAAUGUUCCAUCUGUUACAGUAACUUCUCCGAAAAUUAAAAGAUCUGCAAACUUUUAUCCAUUUGACCAACAUAAAAUCCCACAAAAACAAAAUGAAGAAAUUUUGCAUGAUUCUAAUGAAGUGAAUAAUAAUAGAAAAGUACCCAGUAAUUAUUUUAAAUCGAUCCAAACAAAUAACAGUACCGAAGACAGCAUGGGAAUAGCGGCGUUGCAAAAAAUUCUUCCAAAUUUUCUACAAGUACUUUUUCGCUCGAAUACGAAAAACUCAACAUUUACACAAAACUUGAAAAAUUUUACUAGUGAUAUUCAUAUGUCUGAAACUACUAAUUUUGAUAAAUAUUUAAAAAACGACACAACAUCUAAAAUAGCUCACGAUCCAAGUAUCAAAAUUACUAAAUCAAAUACCAAAACUUUCAAAGGGGCUGAAAAUACAAAAUUAGUUAUUGAUUUAAAGGGUAACUUGAUUGCCACCGAAAUAGGCUGUCAUGCAUUUAUUGGAACAGUAUUCAGUAAUGUUUUACACCAUACUCGUGGCGACUCUGUAACAGAUUUUAUAAUUGACGAAUUAUCUUUAUUUUGUAAAGGGAGUUUAUCUACUUGUAACAACAUUGAUGUUAUUUUAUAG